AUGGCUGACACAUUAAAAGAGUUAGUUAAUAAACGUGGCAGUCUUAAGGCUAAAUUAACUCUCUUUAAUACUUAUAUUAACGUAGCUAAAUCGUGUGAAAGAUUAAGUGAGUUACAAAUAACGGAGUUGCAGUGUCGUUUAGAUAAAAUAGAAUCGGUAUAUCCAGAGUUUGACGCUUUACAGAUGGAGAUCGAAGCGUUAUCUGAGAAGCCCGAGGAGGCGUACGCGGAGCGGGAGCAGUUUGAAAGCCAGUUCUUUGUGUUGGUCUCGACUGCUCGACUUCUUUUGAGUCCGACGGUGCAGGCGCGCGGCGACCGGGCCGGCUCCGGCUGCGGAGCGGCUUCCACGUCAUUCUGCAGCGGCGCCGGCCGGCAGGACUUCGUUCGUCUGCCCAAGAUCGACCUGCCUCACUUCGAUGGGAACUAUCAGCAUUGGCUCGGAUUUAGAGAUACGUAUAUUUCCCUUAUUCAUAAUAAUCCCUCAAUAAACGACAUUAGCAAAUUUCACUAUCUUCGUGCAUCUUUAAAAGGCAGUGCCGCCAUUGUUAUUCAAAGUCUUGAUUUUAGCAGUGAUAAUUAUCAUAAAGCAUGGCAAUUAGUGUCGGAGCGGUUUGAUAACCCGCGCCUCUUAAUAAAUAAUCAUAUUCAGGCCCUGUUUAACCUUGAACCUAUGCAACGUGAGUCGAGCUGUUUGUUACGUGGCAUGGUGGACGUGACAAACAAAAACUUGCGUGCGCUCAGUACUUUAGGAGAACCUACCGAUCAUUGGGACACGUUAGUUAUUUAUAUAAUGUCUAAGAAGUUAGAUGCAGUAACUAAGCGUGAAUGGGAAGAGCACAGGAACCUGUUAACAGGUUCGCCGAUGUUGCAGCAAUACAUUACAUUUUUAAAUAACAGGGCCGACUUAUUAGAGUCUCUUGGCAGUGAUAACUUUAAUAAAGUUAGUGACAAUUGUGACAAAACAUCGAAACAUAAAUUGCAGUCUCAUAACGAGCCGCAAAAAAUACAUACUUAUCUUACAACUACAACUACUAACAAGUCUUAUCGCAAACCUAUUGUUUGCCCUUAUUGUUCACAGGAUCAUUUCUUAUUCACCUGUGAAUCUUUUCGUAAAUUAGAUGUCGACAGCAGGAUAAAUAAAGUCAACAGUUACUCAGUAUGUAAAAACUGUCUUCGGCCGGGACACUUAGAUAAGCAAUGUGUGUUAUCUCAUUGUAAGUACUGCAAACUUAAGCAUAAUACUCUUUUACAUAAAGACAUUGAAAAAGAGCCUUCUAGCAGUGACGUUCCGAUGCCAGCAGUUCAUUUUAGCGGCCACAUACAAACUAAACUGUUCAACCCUACUGAGACUUCCGGACUACUGUCCACAGCGUUGGUGCACGUGAGUGAUGCGAAUGGGGUGCUGCAUGAGGCGCGUCUGCUCCUAGACAACGGUGCUUCCCCCAACUUUGUGACGCGUGAUCUGUGCGGGCAGCUCGGGCUAGCGACACACUGCGCUGGAGCUACGAUCACAGCAGAAGACGCAGUGGCACACCGCGCACUUCCGCCUCUCCUGUGACUGCUGGGACGCGUCACGAAGCUGCACCUGGGCAUGGACAUCGUCACCAGAGUCGCCGACAUCCGUCCGAAGAAAGAAGACAUCCGUAUUCUUCUAUUACGUCGCUUGUCGUUUUACUUCCUUGCUUGUCAAUUUUCAACUUUAAUUUCCAUUUUUUCCUUGUUUAUCUUGAGUCUCUCACUCAAAGCACGGGAGUAUGUUGCGAACGCAACUUUUUAUUUGUAUACUUAUCGCUCGGCUAAUUCCGUAAGAUUUAUAAAGAGCCAAUAGGAGCGCACCACAUACGAUGUAUCGCGGCCAAUGAGGCACCUAAAACUUAACCAACGCUUUUAACAGCUUAAAUCUUGCAAAUCACUCUUUCAUCAUCUUCGCUACCUUAAACACCACUUCCAUACUUAUACCGUUUUAGUCAAGUCACCCUUGUAAACCACC